AUGCUUUUCGAUGCCGCCAUCCUUUUGGGCAAGAUUUGCAAUGCUGUCAGCAGUCUGGAGCCGUCGCAGGGAGCCUGCGGUCUGAUGGAGAGAGAAUGGCUGCAAUCUGAGAAGCGCCCUUUGUGGCGUCCAACGGCCAAGAUGCUCGGUUCGACAGCCUCGGGCGAACUAGUAGACGGACACAAGCUUGACAAGAUUGCUGGUUUGGCCUGCCUACCGAAGUCAGGGACGACAUUGCAGUUCGGCACUGUUGUGGGCUGCAAUCCACUUCCUUGGCAAACCCUGUGGCCUCUACGGAGAACGGUAGCACGACCAGGAUCUCCGAAAGCCAAGUCUAACUGA